CGAUAGUUGACAGUUGGCAGUAGCGUCCGCGAACGGGAAUUGUGCGAGCGACAGCACGGACGGCACGUUGAGAUAAUCGACACGCACUGACGGUCGAGAUCGACUGAGCGAGGAUCUGUGUUUGAGUGGAUUUUGUGUUGUGCGGAAAAAAAGGUGUCACCGUGGGACUUGCGGCGUCGAGGCAAGGAGCACGAUCACUCGUCCUUUUACAAGUUCUUACAAAUGGAGCACAACCAUAAAAAUCUGGACUGCUACUUCUUCUAUUAUUCUACAUGCAAAAAGGGCGACUUUUGCCCAUAUAGACAUGAACCAUCUGCUCUAGGUUGUGAAACUACGUGCACAUAUUGGCAGCAAGGAAAUUGCCUUAAUGAGCACUGUAACUUCAGACAUAUGGAAUUAAAGAAAAAUCGCAAAUCGAUUCCUUGUUAUUGGGAGACACAACCUGGAGGAUGUAGGAAACCACAUUGUCCAUUUAUGCAUGCGAGUCCACGCAAUAUUACCAAUGAUCCUAUCAAUCCUGUGAAGACAGAAGUAGCAACAAAAUCUCCUAAUCAAGAAUGGCUCAACCGUCAAGAUGACCCCAAGUAUGACGGCAGCAGUACUACUGAGUCGGACCAAGGUAGAGGAAACAGCGAGGCUGGUAGUUUUAUCGGUAGUCCCGCCGUUGAUCCUCUCAUCGUUAAAUUUGAAGAAGAAUCCGAUAAUGAAAGUGCACCAUCACCAGUAAAAUCGCAGCCCAAGGUACCGUACUGCAAGACCUACGAACAGAUGAGACUAGAGGAGAUCCAGGCGGAGAGUGCAGCAUAUUACUCGUACGAGGCUGGAAACAAUGUCGGACUUUUCUGCAAUCAAACGGAUAUUAGCAAGACUAAUAAAAUCGGUGCUACUCGAUGGGUGAAUUUCCCCAAGGCUGAAGAACCGGUAAAGGAGCUAAACUUUAAAGUUUUGAGCCUGGAGGAGAUCCGACGACGGAAGAAGGAGAAAGAGCUGGCCGCUAAAAUUUUGACGGAUGCGCCGGAGCCUUCGUCGCUGAUCGAAACGACGAGAAGCGUGAAGAAGCGUUCGAUCAAACAGUGCGAUGAGGAGAGCUCGGUUAAUCCGGUGAAGAAGCGCAAAAUCAGCUCCGAAUUUAUCAAAAGUGACGAACCCAUCAAGAUACCACCGAUAAAACUGCGAAGGUCUCUGAAAAGCAUUAUUAUAAAUGAUACUCAGACAAAAUCAUGCAAAGAUGUGGCCGGAACGGUGGAUGGUCAGGUUGACGAAAUAUCGUGUCGCGAGAGGCUGGAGAGUCAUAGCGACGAGUCGACUAAUGCGAACAGGAGAAGCGAGGUGGAGGUCAGAUUGUGCGACAGCAGUACAGACGAGGAGAAAACUCAAACGCAAGCGGAACAAGCGAUGGAUGACAGGAAAUCGGUCGCCACGUACACCGCGGAGGAUAUUAUGAGUAGCGCCCUAUUGGCCGGUGGUCGAUCGUACGCGAAUACCGAGGAUGAGUACCUGAGAAUAGACGCGUCGUCUGAUGAUAUUAUGAGAGAUAUCGAAGACUUGCUCAAGUAGAAAAACUGCGAUUUAAGCGACUUUAGACAAAUCUGUGCGUAAGUAAAGAUACUGAGUCUUAUACUCUACGCCCUUUUUCUUAAAGGUUCAAAAAUAUCUUAAAAAAUUUUAUAUAAAAAUAACGUCUAUUCUUUUUUUAAUAUUUGGAUAGACAUAAAUAAAGAACUUAAAAUAGAAAGAUCGUACGGUUAUCUAGACAAGUAUUUAAUCAAUCGUUGAUAGUUUCAUUUUACGCUUUAGCUUUAAUUCGUAAAUUACAUUACGUCUUAAUUUUAUUAUUCCGAAUUUAAGAUUGCGUAUUAAUUUCAGUAUGUACAUAAAUCAAUAUUUCUCUUAUAGUCUUUCUCUGACUUCAAUCAUAUUCAUAACUUUUUUAUUUGUUAUGAAAUUAUCGUGAAAAAUUAAAAUCAAUAAUAAUAAAUAUUCCAAAUGUGCAGUGUAUAAAUAUCACUUAGAGAUAUGUAUGAAAGUUAAAUUAAAAUAUAAUAAUCGCAUUGAUACGAAAUGAUAUUUCGUUGCACAUUUCGAAACUUUGAAAUGAAUAAUAAAUUUUUUGAAAUACACGCAAAAUAAUAAAAGGAAAUAAAUUCUAUACUUUGAAGUUUUUAAUAAUUACUUUAAUCGACGUCAUAUAUGCCUUUAAUAUUAAGACUCUUGAUCACUUAUUGAUGUUAUAUUGAAUUAUGUCAGGAAUCGUGUAAAUUAUUUUUUUGCGAAAUAUUAGAAUGUCGAAAUAAAUUAGUUUUUUUUUUCAAUUUGUCAUUCGUGACAAUAUAAAGCAGUCAAAUAUAUCGAAAAUUAUCUUUGGGAAAAUUAUAUUUAAUUAUAAGUAUAAUUAUAAUUAUAUUUAUAUAUAAUUAUGGAAACUUAUAAUUAUAUAGUUAAAUUGAUAAAUAGCGGCAAAUCUUAAUCAGUUGUCCAUUUGUCCACAAAGUCCCGUUUGUUGGAAAUAGGAUAGCAAUAUAAAUUAUAUAUACAUUUAUUUAUAAAAAAAGCUUUCGGUAUAUCUUACCGUUCUACUGAACGCGGAUGAUAAUGUAUGAAUAAAACUAAUCUAUUUUGAAUAAAAAAAAAUAUUCUUGAUUUCUUACUUCAUAAUUCAAUAUGACUACAAGAAAUGAGAGCCUUAAAGAUUUAGGCUAUAUAUUGAAUGUAUCUAUUAUAUAUUAUUAUUUUUAAAGCCUGUAAACAUUUCGUUUUUGUACUAA